UAAUUCAUUUCCAAAGAUUUUUAAAAAGGGAUCCUUUUCUCUUGUGGAUACUUCAAAUCCAAGUUUUGGUGACACUCCAAAAUAAUCUUUAUGACCGUUUCAGUAUAGAAAGGCGUUUCGUCUUUUUCUUCUUGUUCUCUGAAAAGCAAAAAUAAGAAACUUUGAAGUUUUUGUCUGGAGAAAAACAAGUGUUUUUUUCAGAUUAUCCUCUGUGUAGCCAUGGCAGCUCGUAGAAUCUCUUCACUACUUACUCGUUCACUCUCUGUUUCUUCUUCAUCUGUUUCUACUUCUUUGUUUUCAUCUCUAGGGAAAAACAGUGGCAGAAAUGGAAUUGGGAAAAGAUUCAGCACAGCUGCAGCUCUUGAGGAUCUGAUUGUUCCACCGGUUCAAAUAGCUUACACUCAGAAUUUAAUUGAUGGGAAAUUUGUAGAUGCCGCAUCUGGGAAAACAUUUCCAACUUAUGACCCUCGUACAGGGGAUGUGAUUGCCAAUGUUGCUGAAGGUGAUGCCGAGGAUAUUGACCGAGCGGUUGCCGCCGCUCGCAAGGCAUUCGAUGAGGGACCGUGGCCGAAAAUGACUCCCUAUGAACGGUCACGGAUAAUGUUGCGGUUUGCUGAUUUGGUCGAGAAACAUAGCGAGGAACUUGCAGCACUAGAGACAUGGAACAACGGAAAGCCACACGAGCAGUCUGCGAAAUCUGAAUUGCCGAUGUUCAUACGUCUUUUUCACUACUAUGCUGGUUGGGCGGAUAAGAUCCAUGGGUUAACGGUUCCGGCUGAUGGACCUCAUCAUGUUCAGACAUUGCACGAGCCGAUAGGUGUUGCAGGACAGAUAAUUCCAUGGAACUUUCCUCUUAUUAUGUUUGCUUGGAAGGUUGGGCCUGCAUUGGCUUGUGGAAAUACCAUUGUUUUGAAGACUGCUGAGCAAACUCCUUUGACUGCUCUCUAUGUGGCUAAGCUGUUCCAUGAGGCUGGUCUCCCUCCAGGUGUUCUGAAUGUAGUUUCAGGCUAUGGUCCGACAGCCGGUGCUGCUCUUGCCAGCCACAUGGAUGUUGACAAGGUAGCAUUCACAGGAUCAACCGAUACCGGUAAGAUUGUACUUGAAUUAGCCGCAAAAAGCAAUCUUAAGCCGGUGACGUUAGAGCUUGGAGGGAAAUCGCCUUUCAUAAUAUGCGAAGAUGCUGAUGUCGAUAAAGCCGUGGAGCUUGCUCAUUUUGCUUUGUUCUUUAAUCAGGGGCAAUGUUGCUGUGCCGGGUCUCGCACUUUUGUUCACGAACGUGUUUACGAUGAAUUCCUAGAGAAAGCAAAGGCACGUGCAUUGAGGCGUGUUGUUGGUGAUCCUUUCAGGAAGGGUGUCGAACAAGGUCCUCAGAUUGACACAGAGCAGUUUGAGAAAGUUUUAAGAUACAUAAGAGCAGGCAUCGAAAGCAACGCAACCCUUGAAUGCGGAGGUGACAGACUUGGAACGAAAGGAUACUUUGUCCAACCAACCGUUUUCUCAAACGUUAUGGAUGAUAUGCUGAUAGCAAAAGACGAAAUCUUCGGUCCAGUACAAUCUAUCCUAAAGUUCAAGGAUAUUGAUGAAGUAAUUCGAAGGGCGAACAACACCCGUUACGGUUUAGCAGCUGGAGUUUUCACCAAGAGUGUAGAGACAGCGAAUACCUUGACUCGUGCGUUAAGGGCCGGGACAGUUUGGGUUAACUGUUUUGAUGUGUUUGAUGCUGCAAUUCCAUUUGGUGGGUACAAAAUGAGUGGCAUUGGUAGGGAAAAGGGGAUCUACAGUCUUCAUAAUUAUUUGCAGGUAAAGGCAGUUGUUACUCCUUUGAAGAAUCCAGCAUGGUUGUAAUUUUUAUGUUUUUCAGAUCGUCUCAACCUUUGAUCCUUCCUUAUGUUUUGUUUUUUUUAAUAAAAAACAACCUUUAAAGUUACAGAAAACACUGUUUGUAAUUAUUGGAAUGGAAGUGAUAUAUUUCUCUUUGGUUGCUGAAA